AUGGCGAGCUACAGUGAUUUCGGUAUCUCGUUUGAUAUGGUUGGGAAGGCCAGGGCAAGCGGGGAGGAGCAGGUGAGUUUUACUGAUAAGUUCAGGCAAGUGGGGAAGCGGAACCAAAUGCAUAUCAACGCGAUAAGGAGGGCCAAGGAGAGGAGUCGCUCUGCCUCGUUAGAAGGCCAACUGCUGGACUCUAUAGCGGAGCACAGCAACUCCAACCGUACGAGUGGCAGACAGAGUGAAAAUAACGAAGGGGCUUCUAGCGAGGCGCGGGAGGCAGGGGAAAACGGAGCAGGUACCGGAUUGGAGGAGGAUUGUGAUUUAGGGAAUGAAGGACACGUGGACAUGGCGAGCUACAGUGAUUAUGGCUUAUCGUUUGAUAUGGUGGGGAAGGGCGGGGCGAAUGGUGGGGAGCAGGUGGGAUUUACGGAUAAGUUCAGGCAAGUAGGAAAGCGGAACCAGAUGCAUAUCAACGCGUUUCGGAGGGACAAGGGCAGGGACAGGCACGGCGGUGACUCGAUAGUGGGUGGGUUGGAGGACUCUAUAACGGUGCAAUCCGGUUCCAAGGUUGGUGAAAGGGGCGGGGGCGAGGGCGUAAACCCAAGCUGCGAAAAGCGGAGUUCCAGUGAAGCGGUUCGCAUGGGUAUUGAUGGAGAUGUUGUUAGUGGGAACAGGGGGGGCAGUGCUAGUGCUGGUAGCAAGAGUGACUGUAACGAGCGAGUAGCAGUGGCAGGGGAAAGCACGGUUGGUGACAAGGAUGGGGAACAGCAGGCUGGUGAGGGGGACGCUGGGGGAGGCGCUGGGGGGAGCGCUGAUGGUGGUGGAUCUCAGGGAGGGCAUGCUGAGCCCUUGGCAUCCAUCUCGUUCAGAACAGCAGCGGAUUCUCUCCCCCGCACUGAAGCAUCUGCGUCCCUUGCUUGCACAGACGCGGUCCCGUCCCUCCCCCGCAUGGAAGCAUCUGCGGAAUCGUCUUCUGGGAGCUUGCUGGCGUCAUCGGUUCUCCCCCCGGCCCUGCUGGCAGUGCUGGGCAAUAAGGGAGAAACAAUCUCGGGGAAAUGUCAGCAGCCCCGCCGUCUGUCUGUCCCCUGCCGGCCGACCUCGGCCGCCAGGUGGCGUGCUACGUGUGGCCUGCCUUCUCGUGUGUCCAUCGAGAAAGAUGCUGAGCUGGCUGCCAGGCUGGCAGAAAUCCGAGCUGGAUACGCUGGGCGGUGGGUGGGAGAGGAUAAGAUCGAGCGGGAGGGCUCGGGGGUUCAUACGAGCAGCGGCCGCAGCUUGGGGAGCAGCAAUUGUGACAGUAACGCGAGUGACUGUAGGGGGGGGGAGGGGUACGGGUCACAUCAAGGGACGUCAGUGCUCUUAUCACAGCACUCACCCGUGGAAGGUAGACAAUCUCAGGAGCACACUAGGACUAUGCAAGACCGAGUGCAGCGCAGCUGUGAGGAUGCGUUACCGGAUCAGUUAGACAGUCCCCAGGAGAGACAGACUGCGGAAGAAGGGAGAAAAGGAGGGGCGGUGGGGGAGGGGGCGGGGCUGGGGGAGGAGGUGAGACAGGGAGAGGGAGAAGUUGAGGAGAGGGCGGGGUUGGUGGAGGAAAAGGGGGAGGUAGAGGGAGGAGUGUUGGUGGAGGAAAAGGGGGAGGUAGAGGGAGAAGUGUUGGUGGAGGAAGUGGCAGUCACUCUGGAGAGGAUUGAAGCAGCUUUCAGUCGAUUCAGUAGCGUUGUGGAGUCGUGUGAACGAGGAGAGGGAGAAGAGGAAGGGGAGGGAGAAGGAAAAAGGGAGGGAGAAGGAAAAAGGGAGGGAGAAGGAAAAGGGGAGGGAGAAGGAAAAGGGGAGGGAGAAAGAAAAGGAGAGGGAGAAGGAAAAGGAGAGGGUAAAAGGGAAGGAGAGGGGGAAGGGGAAGGUGAGGAAAGCGAAGGGAAAGGAGAGACUGAAGAAAAUGUUGAGGUAGGAGAGGGAGAGGAGGGAGGAGUGAGAGUAGAGGGAGGGGAAGGAGGGGAAGGAGGGGAAGGAGGGGAAGGAAGGGAAGGAGGGGAAGGAGGGGAAGGAGGGGAAGGAGGGGAAGGAGGGGAAGGAGGGGAAGGACAUGAAGACGUGGCAAUGGCAGUGGGCAGGAUAGAGGAGGCAUUCAACCGACUCAGCAGCCAUGUUGAUGAGCUGGCUUCUCUCAAGGCACAACAGGCCGCUUCUACUGCCACUGCUGCCACUGCUGCUGCUGUACCUGCUGCUGCUGCCACUACUGCUACUGCUGCCACUGCUGGGAAUGCAACUGCUGCCACUGAUGCUAUUGUGGGGAAUGCGGCUGCCCCUGCUGCCACGGCUGGCAAUCCAGUGAAGAGGGUGUAUAGUAUCCGAGUGAAACCCGCUCACAUGCAUGCUGCUGUGAGGGCAGCGGUGCGAGCCGUGCAGGCUGUGCCGUGGGGUCAGGUGGAGGAGAGGCAACGAGGCACUACGAAAGAGGGAAGGGACGGGGCGGAUUGGCAAGGGUUUGGAGCGCAAGGGGCAGCAGUGGGGGCCGUGCAGGCUGUGCCACGGGGCCAGGUGGGGCAAGGGGAGAAGAGGCUAGGGGCGCAAGGGGAAAGGAUGCAAGGAGUGGACGGGCGAGGCAUCUCAAGUGCAGAAGCAGCAGAGGAAGCAAGUGCAGGAGAGGCAAGAAGUGCAGGGGAGGCAAGAAGUGCAGGAGAGGCUGCUUCUUUUAAGGGGUUAGUGCAAGGCCAGCUGCCACCCACCAGCGUUAGUGCUGAAAAUGCCGCUUGUGAUCUGAACGCACCUGCUGCAUCCAACGGCCCAGAUGCAUCUGCAGGAUUCAAUGGCCCAGAUGCCCCGGCUGUGUUGCCAGAUCCAAAUUUCCUGCCUCCUGGGGUAACAGGUGAUGGUCAUGUGGAGUAUGCCCCUGUACCGUUCUCAACCGUUGGGUUUCCUGCAGAAUCAUCGCUCUGCUCCGAUGAGGAUAUACUUGCAGCAGCAGCGAUGGUCGAGGCAGCCAUAGGGAGUUUCGCUGCAGAUUCCAGGGUAAUUUACCCUUCCAAAAAAAGGGAAGGGGGAGGAGCAGGGGGAGGGGGAGGGGCUGGGGGAGGAGCAGGGGGGACGGGAAGUGGAGUGAUGCGAGUGCCGGCAAAAGUGGUGGCAGAGGGAGGGGUAGGGCCGGGGAUGAUUGUGAGGAGGAAGGCAGGUCAAGCCCCCCGCAUGUGGGCUGUCCCUACCAUGGACUUAGAAUCUGCUCUAGAGGCCGCUAUGGGGGCGGCUGAUCGGGUGGAGAAGGGCCCUCUCGAGGCUACUUGUGAAGCCACUUCUGAGGCGCCUCAAAAGGCCCCCCGCAUGUGGGCUGUCCCUACCAUGGACCUGGAAUCCGCUCUAGAGGCCGCUAUGGGGGCGGCUGAUCGGGUGGCUGGAAGGGUGGGGAAGGGGGUUUGUUGUGAGGCAGAGGCAGCAAAGCCAACGCAGCAGCACAGUGUCACGGCUGAGAGCGCUGAGAUGAGAGGAGGGAGGGAGCAGGUCCAGACUAUGGGUCUGGGUUCGGGGCCAGAGGCGGCUGUGGGGGUGGCUGAUAGGGUAGAGCAGGGGGGUUGUGACAUGAUGGCUCAGAGGAGGGGAGAGAGGGAGCAGGGGGGUUGUGACAUGAUGGGUCAGAGGAGAGGCGGGAGGGAGCAGGUCCAAAAGAUGAGUCUGGAUUCGGCCCGACGCAUGUGGGGUGUUCCGAGUAUGGAUCUAGAAUCGGCUCUAGAGGCUGCUGUGGGGUUGGCUGAUAGGGUGGCGAAGAGGGCGAGUGUUGAAACGAACCAGGGGCAUGCUGUAACGCGUAUGGAGGUGGACAGGUGUGAGAUGGAGCGUGACGGUGCUGCUUCAGCUGGGAUUGCGUUUGGAGGAGUGGGAGAGGGAGAGGGAGAGGGAGAGGGAGAGAGAGCAGAGGUGGGAGAGAGUGUGGGUAGGGUGGGAUCGUUUGCUUUCAGUGUUGGGGUGGAAGCAAGGCGUGACUCGGGUGUCAGCAGCACUGUUGCUGGUGGUGGCGGUGGUGCUGCUGCUGCUGCUGCUGCUGCGUUGGAAGCAAGCCUGAGGGAACAGUACAGAGACAGUCGAGGAGAUAGCAGAGGAGAGAGCAGUUUUUCCCAUUCUCUUACGCCGCCUGGGUGGAUAUUUCCGUCCACCGCUUAUGACGCUCUUGAGGAUGCUCUUAGCGAGUAUGACGCUAGGAGUGUGAGCAUUGGCAGCAGAAUCAGCAGCUCUAAGGGGGGAGGAGGGUCUGGGUUUCCGAUUUCCUGCCUGGGAGGGGGGUUUGGGAGAAAGCGGAUGGGGAAGAGGAAGGAGAGGGGGAAAGGGAAAGGGGAGAAGAAGGGGGAGGGGAAAGGGGAGAGGAAAGGGGAUGGGAAUGGGAAGGGGCGGGGGUGGAGCAAUGCAGAGCAGGAUAAGCAUGCAGGUCCUGCCAGUGCCGCUGCUGCUGCUGCUGCUGCUGCUGCUGCUGCUGUUGGAGCGGAGAUGGAAAGAAGUUCUUGGGAAGGGGAUGUGGAAGGGGAUUGGGAAGAGGAGGGAGGGAAGGAACGUGGUGUACGUGAGGAAAUCGAAUGGAACAGAGGAGAGGAGGAAGAGGAAGAGCAUACGGAGGAGGAGGAGGACGACGACGAAGAGGGGGAAGAGGAAGAGGAAUCAGAUUGGGAUGAGGAGGAAGACGAUGCAAGCUCGGAAGGCAACAGUAUGUUCAUGCUUCCAGUGCCCAUACUCGACCUAUCUGAUGGCUUCUCACUCUCCUUUCCUCUCGAAGCCUUUGCCAGCUCUCGGUUAAACACCGGCUCUCAGUUAAACACUGGCGCGCAGCUAAGCAACAGUAGGGACAGUGGGAUUUUCCGGACUGAAGAGGACCCGUCGUUUGACGGAUCCUUUCGAAGCCUUUUGGACAGCAGCAGGAGUGAAUGUAAUGGUGGUAACCAGUUAGCAAGCAGCCCUGGCGAAGGUGGUAACCACGUUACAACAGCAGGUGGUGACCAUGCUACAGCAAGCCCUGCUCCUUCCCAUCUGAUGCACGGGUCUGGUAGCCAGAACCCCUUUGGGAAAUGCCUUGGGUUCAGGGGAGAGGGAAAGAGGAGGGAAACUGGUGCUGCUGUUGAUACCGCAACUGCUGCUGCUGCUGCUGCUGCUGCUGCUGGUAGUACUGCUGCUGCUGUUGCUGCUGCUGUUUAUGCUGGUGAUGCUGCUGGUGGUGGUGCUGCUGCUGCUGUUGCUGCGUCUGCUGAUGCCGCAUUUGCUGGCACCGGCAGCACCUAUUCUCACUCCACCGCAUCAACUGCUAGCAGUGCUACCCCUGCCCCAUCCAGCUCCUCAUGUCUCAGCCCCAGGUUAUCGGUUCCCGAGUCGACUAAAAAAAGCGGCCUUUCCAGCCCAUCGUGCCUCAGCCCAAGGUUAUUGGUUUCUGAGACCUCUAAAAAGAGUGGCCUUUCCAGCCCGUCGUGCCUCAGCCCAAGGUUCGCAGCAGUGCUCAAGUCCCUCAGCAGACCCGCGGGGUCGCCCAAGGCCGGCACUGGCACUAGUCCGGAGCGGCAGGAGAAGGUGGAUGCAGCAGCAAGGCGGCUGCUGCAGCUGCAGGAGCACCUGAGGCGGCUGAGCAGACAAGGGCUCAUUGCGGGGGAUGGGGAGGAUGAAGCUACUGUGGUCCAGGGAGUGAGAGAGGAUGGUGCUUUUGACAGCCACGGGAUUUGUCAGGGGGUGUGCCGGGGGGUAAGCGAGGGGGACCUUGUGGUUGAGGGAGGCAGGGAUAGCGCUGCUGAGAACCAGGGGGUAGGGCAGGGGAUAGACCAGGGGGUGGGGCAGGGGGUAUGCCAGGAGGAUUUUCAGGGGGUGGAGCAGGGAGCAGAGCAAGGGUUCGCCCCAGGAGAUGACUUGCACGUCAAAGGAGUGAGCCAGGGGGUUGUUCCUGAGACAAACGAGUUGGCCUUUGAGUCAACUCAACCGCCAGGGGGUCACUUGAACAUCAAUGGUGUGAGCCGGGGGGGCGCGCCUGAGGAAACACCUGAGGGCCAUGGUUGGGACGUGGAGAGGCAGGGAGACAAUGGCAGUUUGGGUGUGAGCAGCAGCGGCGGCGGCAGCAGCUGGACUGAGGGGUCUUGUGCGUGUGGGGAUGCUGCUGUGACGGAGGGAAACGCUUUGGAUGGGGAUAUUAGUCUCGUCGCUGCUGGUUCAGCUGCGUUUCAGUUGUUCUUCCAAGGAGCGUCAGCGCCGGCAGUGGUGCUUGCAACAACAACAGUGCCAACAGUCUCACGACCAUCGACAGCAUCAGCAGCAUCAGCAGUGUUUCGAGCAGCACAAACAGCAUCAAUAGCAACAGCAUCAGAAGCAACACCAGGCCCAGGGUCCCUCCCCUCUCCUCCACACUCUUGGAUUACCACCUUCCUACGGGCCGCCGACUGCCUACGUCACACUCCUACUCCUCACCCUCUGUACACUCACACUCGCGUACUAGCCCCUACUCCUCACCCCCUGUACAAGCACAUUCGCAUGCCACUUCCCCGUGUUUACCAUCCCCUGUACAAGCACACUCGUUUGCUGAAGUAUCUUCUCUUCUGCAGCGCUCGCCAGGGCAUGCUAUUGCUAGUGGCGCUGCUGCUGCAGGUGGGAAGGAUGGGGGCAGAGGGGGGUCGAUAG